AUGCUGCAAUCGUCAGAAGACGCUUUAAGGCUCUUAGCUGAAGGGCAAACGUUGUUGGGCGAAGGAUGGACACAUGUGGAUAAUUUCGAUGAGCUUGAUGAGGAUGAGUACGAGGAGGAAGAAGAGGAGAUAUACGUUACGAUGGACUUGGGAACGACACUGGAUGCCAAGGCGUUACAGAAUGAGAAUCAAUAUCAACUUGUUGGUCUAGAUACACCUCUGCCAUUUCUGAAAUUGGGUAAUCAGAUAUUUCAAGGUCAAAAUACACCGUUGAUAGGAGAUGAAGUGGUAUUAGGCUUAAUACGACACUCUGAUAAUCCCCAUGACCCUACUCAUCCACCAUUAUAUUCAACGAACCACCGACUAACAUUCCGAGCUAUAACACUCGAACCUCGUUCUCAAUCUCAAGCCGAACCUCAAGAUGAACAAACAGCUCAAGCUGAACCUGGACCUGGACCUUCUUCAAGCUCUUUCAACCUUUCUUCCGACUCGCCCCUGGCUGCACUCACCAUAAGUGGACCUCCCAUGGGUAAUUUCAAGAAGGGUAGAUCGAAAGGUACUGGACAAGUCAAACCAAGAUUCGUCAUUGAUAAACCUGAAGAUUUGGAGAAUUUCGAUGUGAAAGCUAUGAAAACUUCUCAGAAAGUCGAACUUGGACCGAACGUCUUGAGAUCUCUAGGUUUACCACCCUCAACUCACGGCGAGAAUGUCCUACUGAGCAAAACCGACUUAUCGCAAGUGAUUUCAGGUUAUUCAUCGAGAAGUCAAGCCAGUCAAAAUAGGAAGAAAGGUAAAAUUUGGGGCGUGGAUAAAGAUGGAAAGAUAGCUUUGAUUGAUAGCGACCAGCAAGAGAGAGAAAAGGAUAAAUCACAAGAGGUUGGUGUCCCCGGUGAUGUACAGAUGGAAGAGGUUGUACAGGAUAGCCCGUUACAAGGAAACAACGAAGGGGAUACGGCUCGGAUAGAUGCAGUACAGCCUUUUAAUACUGUACAGCCGGAUGAAGAUCAAGUUAUGGGGAAUGUGGAGGUAGAGGAUGAUCCUCCAUGGGCUGAAGUAGAAAAUGGACAAAUCCAUCAAUAA